GAUGUUUAUAUAACUGUCAAUUUUAUAUAAAAGUACAGUAGCAUUUUCAAUAUUUCAGAUUCAAUUCCUCAAGCAUACUGCAGGUGUCAUUUGGAAAUUGCAGUCAAAUCGUCUAAGAAUUUAGAAUGAAGACGCUCGUGAUCAUUUUAAAUGUGCUAAUCGCACUGGAAGUCGUGUACGGCGAUAUAAAUGCUGUGAAGCAAUACAAACAAGCCUAUGAAAAGUGCGCUCAAAAGAUCAAGGCACCCGUUGACCAGCUCCGAAUUGACACGCUUAUAUGUGUGGCUAUAGAGGAUGGUGGCGUUUUAGACAAAUAUGGCGGAUAUAUUGUGGAAGAAUGUGCAAAAAGACUUCAUACUUUAAUUACCCAUCCAGACAGAUUGAAAAAAGCAACUGAAUUAUUUAAUAAAUGCGACAAGAAAGCGACUGAAACAGGAGCAAAGGGCUUUGCAAAGUUAAUAGAAUUUCUAAUAUGUGGCGCCCAUAUUGUGACAUAUUUCGAUCUAGAAUAAAAGUAAAAAAUAAAGCAUAAAAGCGAGAAUAAAAAUGGAAAAUGAAUGACUUUCGGUGGAACGUUUUACAUAAAAUAUUCUUUCAUGUGUUCUAUGUUCUUUCGCCUUAAAUCAAAAUUGUACACAUUAAUUGAUUAAAAUUUUCUUUAGCUAAAGUAAUUGGCAAACAUAAUAGUCAUAAUUAAUCAAUCGUUAUACAUCUAAUGAUUUAAUCCUUUAAUAAAAUUAAUUACUGAUCAUUGUAUAAUCAAUUAUGUUAACACUGAAUAUGUUCAUUAUAUGUGCAUUAUAGAAUAUAAAUACAGCAUUUUAAAAA